CUCUCUAUACCACCAAGAUGCUUAUUCAUUCAUCUCUCACACACACACACACCGACACGCGAGUCUUGAGUCUCAUCUAUAACCACAUUACGUGUGUGUGUUGUAUGUAUGUUUUUUUUCUUCUCUCUUUGUGCGUGUGUUCGGUUUUCAAGCUGGUCUUUUUUAAAAUUCUUUUUUGUUUCCAUCGAUCGUUUUUUUACAAUAAUUGAAUAUUUUUUUUUUUUUUAAUUAUUUGAAUUCGAGAAUAAAAUUGAAUUUUAUAAAGCUCAAUUUUUGGCUCUGUAAAAUCAAAUUGCCAUCCACGACUAUUAAUUUAUUAUAUUAAUUCUGCUUAUUACUACAAAGAUGAAGAUCGUCAUCAAAACACUUCAACAGGAAACAUUCGAUGUGGAUAUGGAUGAAAAUGAUACGGUACGAAAAUUGAAGGAAAAAAUUCAUCAAGUAAAAGGAUCAGAAUUUAUGGCCGAUUGGUUGAAACUAAUAUAUGCCGGCAAAGUAUUGUUGGAUGAUUCAAUCAUUAAAGAUUGUAAAUUUGAAGAAACAAGAUUUGUUGUAGUUAUGGUUAUCAAACCAAAACAGCCACAACAACAAUCAUCAUCAUCAUCGUCGUCAUCAACAACAACGACGACAACAACAACAACAGCAGCAACAACUGAAACAAAAACAUCUGAAACAAGUAACACUACAUCAUCAAAAACUACAACAACUACAUCGACAACAAAAGAAAGUACAGCUACUGAAUCCGCCGGUACAAUGCCUAAUAUAAAUGUUUCAGAAUCCACUGUGGUCGUCGGUGAAGAUUAUGAACGAAUGGUAACACAGAUUAUGGAAAUGGGCUAUGAUCGUAGUUCAGUUGAACGUGCACUUCGUGCUAGUUUUAAUAAUCCUGAUCGUGCUGUCGAAUAUUUGAUAUCGGGUAUACCCGAUUUUGUUGCUGCUGAUGCUGCUCCAUUAGCAGCUGCUACAGCAUCAUCAGAUCGAAGUUCACGUUCAGAAUUAUCCGAUACCGGUUCGGAAUCGAAUCCAUUUGAAUUUCUACGUAAUCAACCAAUGUUUCGUACGAUGAGACAAACGGUUCAAAGUAAUCCACAUCUAUUGAAUAGUAUGAUACAACAGAUAAGCCAAAAUAAUCCACGUCUAUUGGAAUUGAUUACCCAAAAUCAGGAAGCCUUUUUACAAAUGUUAAAUGAACCGAUUGAAUCAUCAGUUCAACAAACUACGGCUGGCCGUGGAACCGGUGCUGCUGCUGCUGCUGCUUCAGCUGCUGCUGUCGAUAGUGCUUCAGAACAACCGAAUCCAAAUCUAAUGAAUCUGAUUGGUACGGCUCAUAUGACCGAACAGGAUAAAGAAGCCAUUGAUAGACUUAAAGCAUUAGGUUUUCCCGAAUAUCUUGUCAUACAAGCGUAUUUCGCCUGUGAUAAAAAUGAAAAUAUGGCGGCCAAUUUUUUACUAUCACAAGGAUAUGAUGAUUAAUAAUAAUAAUAAUAAUAAUAAAUAAAAAAUGGCAAUGAUGUCAACAGUGGCACGAUGGGCCAGUAUAUAUGAAUUAUAAAUUUUCACGGCUGAAGAAUCGAAUGGAAUUUUGAUUGAAAUGAAAAUGUCAUCACAUUAUACGCAUAUUUUUUUUCUCUUUUUUUUCAACACUUUUUUCU